AUGUACGGUACGGAGGUCACUUUCCUACUGGACGGCGUGCCACACCACGUGGCGGGCUCUUGGCAGCAGUCCAAGAAGCUGGCCCAGAGGGACACCGCGGAGCGCUGCCUAGGCCUCUUUGUCGGCUGCUGGGGUGCCUACCUCUUGCAGACCACAGAGGGCGAUCUCAAAGCCGAUCUCCUGGAGGAUCCGGUGGCGAGUCUGCAGAAGUUUUGCAUGCUAUUCCGGCCGUGCAAUGGACAAGGCCCUACCUGGUGCAUUGACAUGGAGGCUGGCCAGGUCAAAGCGACAGCCGAGAUGACUUUGCUUGGCGUGAGGCACCGCUUUGCUGGCUCUCCGGCAGAUGAUUUGUACGAAGCCAAAGCGGACACGGCGAAGCGUGUGCUAUGGUACCUCCAGUGCCCCGGCUAUGAAAACCUCUUCGAGCCGGAUGUGCAGGGCUUGAUGGUGGCGAAGGAGAUUCCGUCACCUCCGGUGAAUUGGGUCAACGUAGCUGAGGAUGAUGAGUCCGUGCAGGCGGCAGAGCGGAAGACCGCAGUAAUGCGGCUGCAGAACCGCCUGCAGCAGAGCUUUGCAAAGCGCCUGAAGCCGGGCCAAGGCGUCUGGGAGUGGUCCUACGAGACCGACGCCAAGGACGAGAACUGGCCACCGCUGCAGCGGGCCACGGUGACGGUGGCCGUGGCGCAAAAGACCUUCACCGGGCCCUGGAAGCGCGGGCAGCGGGACGCGCAGCUUGAGGCAUGCAAGCUUCUGCAGAAGUUCCUGGACACGCUGGAAGAGGAGACAGGACCCAGCCCUUGA